GGGUCGGCCCCGCUCGUCGAGGACCUGUAGGAGCUGAAACCGUAGGGCCUGGUCGGCGGCCGUCUGCCUGAGAGCCGGUGGUCUGUAAGGGCCGGCGCGUCCACCAUGUUCUGCGAGAGGGCCAUGGAGCUGGUCCGCGAGCUGCACCGCGCGGCCGAGGGAAGGCUGCCGGCCUUCAACGAGGAUGGACUCAGGCAAGUUCUGGAGGAGAUGAAAGCUUUAUAUGAACAAAACCAAUCUGAUGUGAAUGAAGCAAAGUCAGGUGGACGAAGUGAUUUGAUACCAACCAUCAAGUUUCGACACUGUUCUUUGUUAAGAAAUCAGCGCUGCACUGUAGCAUACCUGUAUGACCGAUUGCUUCGGAUUAGAGCACUCAGGUGGGAAUGUGGCAGUGUCUUGCCAAGUGCUUUACGAUUUCACAUGUCUGCUGAAGAAAUGGAAUGGUUCAAUCAUUACAAAAAGUCCCUUGCAACCUACAUGAGGUCAUUGGGAGGAGAUGAAGGUUUGGACAUCACACAGGAUAUGAAACCUCCAAAAAGCCUAUAUAUAGAAGUGCGGUGUCUAAAAGACUAUGGAGAAUUUGAAGUUGAUGAUGGUACUUCAGUCCUAUUAAAAAAAAAUAGCCAGCACUUUCUACCUCGGUGGAAGUGCGAGCAGCUGAUUAGACAAGGCAUUCUGGAGCACGUGCUAUCGUGACCUCGCACCAGAUGGCUGCCAAGGCUUCCCCCAUUCGAGGCUGGACCCAGCCAAGGAUGCUUCUCCACCUCCCUCUCCACCUCCCCCAGGCCCACCACUUUUUGGUUUUAAAAUUUAGACUUUCUUUAACCAGGAAUGCUUGGCCAAGGAGUAUGGUUGGUUUUUCUUUUUCUUUUUUUUCAUUUGAACCUGAGUUUCUCUUUUAUUUCAUUUCCAAAUAUAAUUCUAUAACCUUCCAUGGUAAACAUAUUUUUGAAUCUGUGUUGUAUGCUUGCAUUUUGAAGCAUCAGUUCUCAAUAGAGAGUUUGAAUUCUUGCCGUACAGAGACCCCACAUAUCCAAUCUGCUGUCCACAGUUCUAGAGGGAAGUCCAAGAUCAAGGCUCUAGCGGAUUCUGUGCCUGAAGAGAGUGCUUCCUACUUCAUACACCGCCAUCUUCUCAUUCUGUGCUCACAAGGUGGAAGUGGUUUAUUUUUCUAUUGUACAGGAUUCUCCCCUUUGUGUGGUAAGUUGUAUCUGUAAUCACAACAUUCCUACAAUUCCCAAAAUACUGUAUACAAUUCCCAAAAUACUGUAUACAAUUCCCAAAAUACUAUAUACAGUUCCCAAAAUACUAUAGUGUGUUUUUGUUUAAUGAAAGUAAAUUAUCAAUAUUACAUUUUAAUCUCCUUUAAACAAUGAGGAAGUUUCACCUGGCUGUAUAGGGAGAUAGGGGGUCCUGGUGCAUCUUGUGUUGCUGGAAGUGUGCAUUGUGCAAGCCGGGGAGCUGAAUUUCUGCAAUUCAUGUUUCCAAAUCACGUGGGCAGGUGGAGCUGAUGGCCUAUAAAAUUUUCAGCGUAUUUAAUGUUUAAUAACAUGUUAACUUAUCACCUGGCUGUUUAGGAAGAAAGGAAGGACAGAAUGGAUUUUGCCCUUUUCCAACAGUGGUGGCUGAUCUGGCUCAUGCCUGUCUGUGAGCCUGUGGGGUGAGCACCAGGAUCUCCCCUUUGGAAAGGGAAACUGGAAUUGGGGCUAGGAAAGGAGCUUUGUGCAGUUUCCCCCCAACAGUCCCAAUGACCAGAAAGUCACAUGAAGAGCUGGUCAACUAAGUGGAGCGCAGUUUCUGUUGCCUGAUAAACUGAAAAUGGUAGACAUUGGAGAGGCACAGAGUGGUCUUGCCUGGUGGUCAGUGGCCUUUCCGCACCAGUCCACUCCAUGACCAGUGACUAGAGCCAGUCAACAUAAAUCAAUA